AUGCCUCGUCGCACUCAAAAAACAGUCCUUCCCUUUCUGUAUCAAGGGCCAUCCAUACUCCCAGGAUUGUUUGCGAUGUUGCUACGCUUGUACGCAGCAAAGUUCGUUGCAACAGUAGAUGUUGAAAAGGCAUUUUUACGAGUCAAUCCCAACGAUGUGGUUAGGAACGCAACCAGAUUUCUCUGGGUUCGCAAUAUCAGUCUUCCCUUAGAAAGAGGCAAUAUCAUUACUUAUCGCUUUAUAAUAAUAACUCGUGCUGAAUGUGUCACCAUUUCUACUGGCAGGAACAAUACUUAUCAUGUGCCACAUCACACAUCAAAUGAAGAACUUGCAACGGAUUUACGAAAUAAUCGUAGACAACUUGAUCCUUCCCGUGAACACAGAAACCAAAUUACAGCGAAAGGCUCAAGCUUCGCGACGCCUUUGAAGACAUGGAGAUAA